AUGGAUGAAAAAAAGACACCCAAUAGCGACAUUGAGUCGUUUGCCGACCACGGACGGCGAGAAGUCACGGUGGAAGAAGGCAGCUCCGAAGAGUUCGUUUUCUCCCUCGGUCUGGGCGGCUUGCUCCGGAAACUUGCUGUGUCUGGAGUCGAGAUGCGUGGACUGGAGCCCGUUCCAGUAGAGAAACGGACUCACACCAAGUAUUACAACAUCUUUACACUCUUUGGAGGAUCCUUCACUUCCAUUCUGCCUUUGAGUAUUGGCACAACGCCAACACUUGUCUUUGGCCAAAGUUUCCGCGAUGCGGCAAUUAUGAUCGUGACAAUGCAGGCUCUAUUCGUCAUUCCCACGCUCUACAUCUUGACUCUGGCUCCUCAGCUAGGCAUGCGGCAGUCUGUCCAGUUUCGUUAUGUCUUUGGGAAAUAUCUAAAUGCUCUUCUAUCAAUCAUCAUUAUACUCGAGAUCGGAAUAUACGCCAUCAUCGCUGCUGUUGGUGGAGCCGAGUGUCUCUCAGCAGUCCGUCCUGGCACCCUUCCUGUCGAAGCAGCAAUUGCCAUAAUCUUUACCGUCGCUUUCUGCAUUGCCUUUGUCGGCUACUCUGCGGUUCAUUUCGUCUGCCAAUAUAUCUGGAUCCCAAACAUCAUUGCCCUGCUUGUGCUCGUAGGUUGCGCAGGGAGCCAGCUGCAUAAUCAGGCUCCGGCCUCCUCCUCGGGUGCAGCGCCUUGGUUGGCGACAGUAUCAAUCUGUGCUUCCAAUAUGGCUACCUGGGGCACCAUCAUUGGCGAUUAUACUUGCUACAUGCCUCCGAAGGCCCCCAAGCUCCGCUUAGUGUUCUAUUGCGUGAUGGGCUUAUACGUCCCAUUCACUCUGUUCAUGCUUCUUGGUGCUGCUAUCGGUGGAUCUAUCACGGUUAUUCCUUCCUGGGGCGCUGCUUAUGCUGAAGGUAGUCUAGGCGGUGUUCUCGGUCAGAUAUUGACAUCUCGCGUUGGUGGUUUCGGACGCUUCUUGCUGGUCAUUCUUGGAUUCUCCAUCGUCACCACCUCUGCACGAGACAUGUAUAGCAUUUCUCUCUUCACGGUGGCAGUCAUUCCGUGGCUCCGUCACGUCCCUCGAGUGCUGAUCUUGGUCUUCGCUUCCGGAGUCAUGAUUGGUGUUGGAAUCGCAGCGUCAAGAUCAUUCCUCCCGUCGCUCAGCACUCUUGUGAGCAUCGCAGGUUAUAUCACAGCCCCGAGCGUGAGUGUGUUUCUUGUCGAAUGGUUUGUGUUCCGCAAAGCGAACCCUGCCAGCGUGGAUCCGGCAAUCUGGGACAACCCAUCUGCGCUGCCUUCUGGAAUCCCGGCUGUGAUUUCGAUCAUGGCUCCGUGGGGUCUCAUUGUUCCCUCCAUGUCAACUGUUUGGUAUGUUGGGCCGAUUGCUGCUCGCGUUGGAGAUUUGGCUUGGGAACUGGGAGCUCUUGCCAACACAACAUGUGAACUGAUUGUAUCGCGACGCGGCAAGUAUGGAACUGAAGUUGCGUUGGGUCCUUUUUCAAGCACUGACUCAGAGGAAAGACACAGACGAUUUCCCGUUGAACGAUCACCGCGUGAAACCUUAACGCCAACACCUACUCUACCGAAUCCGAGGGAGACCUCAUCGCUUCCGUUCCCAGCCGGGGAUCACUCUCAAAGCCCACCUAAGAAACCUUGCAGAGAUGUCAGUCCUUCCUUAUCCGAGAUAGCAGUCCAUAAAGACCCUGAGCGCGCAAGUGAGAGGGUGAUCUACAUCGGAGACUCUGCCAAUUACCAAUAUGUUCUUCAUGAGGUGGGGGAUCCAUUCAAAGGCUCGGAUCAAAACAAAUACUGGAUUGAGAAUCUGCAGCGAUCUAUGCUAGAUCAGAUAGGGUCGUCUACCCAGGAUGCUCUCCAGCAAAUACGUUCAGAAGAUGAUGAACGUUUGAGAGAUCAGGGCGUCUUUCAAUAUCCGGAGAAACCCAUCAGAGACGAGCUGAUCCGGGUCUUCUUUGACUACUCAUGUCUUGCCUGUCCAAUCUUCUAUCAAGUCGAAUUCAUGAGGUUGUACAAAGCUGACAGUCUUUCACCGUUGAUUUUGAAUGCUGUCUUCUUCAUGGCUACUUUACAUUGUUCGGAGGCGCUUCUGGCAGGAAUGGGCUUUCCAAAUCGCUACCUUGCGGGUCUCACAUUCUAUCGACGUGCUAAAGCCCUGUACGAUGCAGACUACGAGUCUGACGGCAUUGUCACUGUUCAAGCAGCAAUAUUGCUCUCCCACCGAUGGGAUGGGCCAACGGAGCAAAAGGACACAUGGCACUGGCUGGGAAUCGCUACCGGGCUGGCCCAGUCUCUUGGCAUGCAUCGACGUCUUCCUGCUGUAUACUUUGGCGGAGGAUAUGGUGGGUUCUUUAUAUCAACGACGUACAUCAUGCAGCAAUCUAUGGCAGACCUCCUCAUAUCAACCCUGACUUUAGUGACAUAG